AUGGAAACAAGAACUACUCCAAAGCGGAGAAGACUGGUAAAACAGUAUCAAAGCAACAAGCAAUUCAUGCAGAAAAAUACAGCAGAAAUUCAUAAGAAGCAGCAUUUUAUCUCUCCCAUGAUGGCUGGUGUUCAUGGACAAAAGAGAGUGACUCCUAUGCCUUCUAAGAAAAGCACUCAAGAAGAAGUCCCAAUUUCCAAAAGAAUAAAAAGUACGCCGAACCAGAAAAUUGGAGCUAGUAAAGAAGAACUAGAAAAUCUUAAAAAGCGUCCAACUAUUGGUACGGAUAAAUUUUUGGAGACACAUAGGAUUCAUUUGGAAAGAGAAGAUGACGAUUUUGAACCAACUGCUAAAAAUGAAAGAUCUAUUCAGGAAAAGCAACAAAAUCUUAGGAAGAUAAAUACAAAAUUAAGUUGUCAAGCCAUGAGACUUGAUAUAUUUUUGGAGACAAAUGGGAUUCAUGUGGAAGGAGAGGAGGAACAUAGUGGAGCAAAUGCUAAUGAUGAUGAUGAUGAUGAUGAUGAUGAUGAUGAUUUCUCGGAUGAUGAGGACUAUGUUGGUGAAUACGAAGAUGCAGUUCUUCAUGGUGAUGACAAUCACCUUAUGAAAACUAACAAUGUUGAAGAUACUCCAAAGACUACAAGGACACGAGGAAAAACAAGAUGUGCUAAAAUCAAUGCAAGAAGUUGGGAAGAAAGAGAAGAGUCAAAGUUCAUUCUUCCAAAAGAGCAGAAAGAGUGGGUGAUCACUGGUGUUCGAGAAGCUUGGAAAGGUUACAAAAUAAGAAUCAAGGGAAAGCAUUUUGAGAUAUAUAACAACAUUGAAGAUAUGCUGAAAAUCGCCCUUUAG